AUGUAUACAACUAUCAUUAAUAACAAUCCUGAUCACGAGUUCGAUUCUACUGAUGUUCCUCCAUGCAUGCUUCAUUGCAUGUUUUCAGUAGUUGUUAAUCAUAAAUCUAAAGAGCUCGAUAAUUUCAUUCAUUUCGGUAUAGAAUGUACUGAAUAUAAUUCUGUCACUAGUACUUCUAAUUCAAUUAUCGAUAACAUUGCCGAUAAUAUUGAAUCUGCUUCAACUCAAAUUCUGAAAGUUGUUGAACCUAUGAUUUCCUUAGUUAACCAUAGUGCUGCCACUAUCUUAGGUCCAUCAAAAAAUCCAACAACUAUUACAAAUCCAGAUGUGCAAACUGAUUUGUCCUAUAAGAAAAAUUAA